CGGAAGUAAUCGCUCAUCGUAUCGUGCGUAUAGUAGCGAGUUCGUCAUCUUACCUGUUCCGAUUUCUGGCCACUCUCAUACACCUGAUUUAAUCUGAAAUUUAGUUUGCUAUUUGUAUUAAAAGUUUUUAUUUUGCUAAAUUUAUGAAUCAUGGCCAAAUGGGGUGAAGGCGAUCCACGAUGGUUAGUCGAAGAGCGCCCUGAUGCUAAAAAUGUGAAUAAUUGGCAUUGGACUGAAAAAAAUGCUGCAAAUUGGUCAAAAGAAAAACUUAAAGAACUGUUUACUAAUGUAAAAGUUGAAACUGAUUUUGCUGCUUGCACAAUCACAGAGGUUGUAAAAUGUGAAGGUGAUGCUGUAGUAAACAAUCGCAAAGCUAAACUUAUAUUUUUUUAUGAAUGGGCCUUAGAGAUGAAGUGGAAUGGUGCCUUAAUAAAUGGUGAUACAGAAGGAAAAGGAACUAUUGUAAUACCAAAUUUGAGUGAAGAACAUGAAAUAAAGGAUGUUGAUGUGAUUGUACAUUUGGAAACAUCUGGUCCAGAGUCUGAAAUUUUGAAAGACGUAAUGAAGACAACAGGACUUGAUAUUAUGCGGGAACGUCUUAGUGGUUAUGUAAUUGCAUUAAAAGAAGAGUUUUCAAAAGGACUGAUUCUUCCUACUAAAGAAGGAGGUCCAUCUGAUGAAUCAAAGAGUAAUAUUAAAAAUGAGGCGAUUGGAUUAACUGCUGUUAAAGGUGCUUCAAAUUAUGAGACAUCCUUCGAAACCUGUGAUUUUAGGUCUACUGAAACUUUUAAAUGUACUGCUGAAGAAUUCUACAAUGCAAUGACUAUUAAAGAAUUAGUGCAAGCUUUUACUCAAGGAAACUGUGUUGUUAAAGCAGAAAAAAAUGAAUCUUUUGAGUUAUUUGAUGGAAAUGUUCAAGGCAAUUUUGUUCAAUUGGUUCCAAAUAAAUUCAUUCAAAUGACUUGGAGAUUUAAAACUUGGCCUGCUGAUCAUUAUUCUACAGUCAGAAUAGAUAUUGAUCAAAAAUUAGAUUGCACGGAAAUAAAAUUUCAGCAGUUAGGGAUUCCGAAGAAGGAGUUGGAAAAUACUAGAGAAGGUUGGAAGAGAUUUUAUUGGGAUAGCAUGAAAAGAACUUUAGGAUUUGGAGCACCUCUAUUUUAAUAUGCAGGCUAUUUCAUUGUUAUUUAAAGCAUCUGCGGUUUAGAAGAUAUUGUUUUGAUUUUGUUUCAGUUAAAAUUUAUUUUAUUGCAAACUUUGAUUUGCUACAAAAAAUACAGUGAAAUCUCUUUAUAGCAAAGUCUUACAUAAAUUUCUCUCUGUAUAUUGUCUUAACUAUGUUAAUGAAUAAAUGAAUGCUAUUACCUCAAAUUAUUCGUAAUAAACAUUUUAUAAAGAACUAUACCACAAGGAACUUUUUUAAAUAGUAAUCUGCCAAAAACUAUUUUAAUAUGAAUGAAUGUAAGCUAUAGAGUCACGGUUGUCAUAGGCUAGUUAAAUGUGACUUAUUACUACCUUUUUGACUUUCGAAGACUUUCAAGCAAAAUCUUUCUGAAAAGCAUCUUUUUCAAUACGGCUACUUUUUCUCUAGACCCCUCACCAACGCAAAUUUUCAUUCGAAAAUACUCAAGAUUCUUUUCACACUUUUUAUCUCUUAUUUGUUAUUUUGAAGCUCAUUAUUCUUUAUUUUUAUUGCAUUUAAACAGCAAUCAGGGAGCAGCUUAAAUGAUGCAAAAACCUUAUCUCUACUUUUGUUUUUGAGUGAAAAGUAGUUUGCUGAAUAACCAUAGCAGCUAAGUUCUCAUUUUUUUCUUACUCCAAGAACCCAAUUUUUGUGUGGAAAAAUUUCUUUUUUUUUUUUUUUUUUGAUAUGAUAUUCAUAUUUAAAAAGAACAUGCACAACCCAGAAACAAAGUAUGGAUCAAAAAUGUCCUUCUGUAUUGAAAAAAUAAAUAAAUAUGAUCAACUAUUUACUUCUAAAAUGUUCCGACUUUGAGAUUUUUUCUAUUUUUCUCUGUUUUGUACACUAACAGAAAUUUUCAAAAGUUAAAAAAUGUAAAGCCUUCUCUUGUUUCGCAAGUUUUAACAUGAAGAAAAAGAAAUACAACAGAAAAAAAGUUAGAGUUUUUGAACUUUGAUUUAUAAAAAAGAUCGUUUAGAAAAAUUAAUUGUACAGGUUAUGUUUCUGAGCUACACUUGAUAUUUUGAAAAGUUCUAACAAGAAACAAUUCUAAGGAAAGUUACUUUGUCUAUGAAAAACGAAACAAUCAUACACCAUUUUAUUUCAAUAAAUGAAUAGUUAAAAUCUUCCUACCUUUAGAAAUGAAUAAAAAAAAACUAUUAAUUACAAAUUAUAAAUGAAAUUUGUUCGCCAAGUUUUGGCUGUUAUGCAAAUAUGAACUCUAACUGAAAAUACCCAUUAUUUUCAAAAUAAAACUCAAUUACCAACAAAAUUACAGGUAAAAUUAUCUAAUUUUUUUCUUCAUACUUUAAAACAAUACAAUUCACUUACUUGUUAAGACAAACUUGAUAUUAUGUACUAUUUCCUGUCAUGAGUUUUUCCAAUCUCUUCAUGAAUUCAUGUUCUAUAACUAUCAAAAUAAAUAAACCAUGAAACAUUGCCUCUGGUGGAUGCAUCAAGCGGACUCUAGAGCUACUCUUGCGCCCAAUAUGGACAAUGUCUGUAGUUUUCCAGUUAUAUUGAUUAACAGGGAUAUUUUAUAAAUUCUCAUGGCCACCAGAAAAGAAGCCUAAGCGUUAUCUAGUACACCCAUAUGGUUCUGGUUUUGAUCGAAAGUAGUUUAUUUAUGCAAUAAAAAUAAAAUUCCUUCAAUUUGUUCAUUAUAUCAUUUCUUUAAUCAUAUGAGCUACUUUUUUUUUUUUUUUUUUUUUUUGAAAGUUUUAGGCCUUUUUUUUUUUUUUUUUUACACUUUCCCUGUGGCAACCCUGUUGAUUCAAAAAGAUUAAGUGGUCAGAACGUGUUAGCAUAGGUGCCUUUUAGGGUAGAUUUUCUUUAAGAAUCUUGGCAUUGCACAGAUUUAGUAUUAUGCUACUUUCUUUUAAUUGCACGGGAAAAAAAUUGAUAUUUCAAGCUAUACAUUUGCUAAAUAUAUUUGUCCUUUUUUUUGCUAUGCAUGUGAAGCAUUUUAUAUUGUUAAAAAUCGUACUAAGAGAGAUUUCACUGUACUGUAGCAAAAAUUAAGCUAAAAGUACAAAUACAUUUUCAUCAGGUAAUAUUUUCCAUCUUUGUGCAAGAAGCACUCAGUUGGUACACUGAUAUAUAGAUCCUUAAUAAGUAUACAAUUAAAAUUUUGCUUUUAUUGUACCAAAGAUUUAUGCUUUUUCUCUCUUUGAAAGUAUGUGAUUCUUGAUUCUGUUGUAUUCCAUUUGUUCAUGUAUCAUUUUUUUAUAAUAAAAGUUUUC